GUUCUUCAUUACGGAACCUUGUUCCUACACAGUCUGGCCCGCACCCGAGCACCGGGAUUUGUAAGGCAAAAAAAAAACAGCAGCGAGAACGAUUCGAAUCGCGCUAAAGCUGCAUCGGUGAACUCACUCCGUUUGCAAAGUGCUACUAAAUGCCCAGCUAAAGCAGUGCUAAGGAUCGUUCGCAUUGUUUUGGCUACGGGCCGGAAAAGACGAAACAUUAACUGUUAUUAACAAUAACAUUAACAAUAUCAACUGUUACCUCCCCCCUGGCUCGAGAAGUUGCGGCUAGUAUGUUGGAGGGCUGGUACUGCCGCACGAUGAACGAGGAAGCACAGCAACGGAACCCGCUCAUGUCGAUGCUCAACGAGGAACCGCAGCCACCGAACCCGCUGAUGUCGAUGUUGAGCGAAGAAUCAACGGCGCCGCGGGGCAGCCCGCUUCCCACGCUGAUUACCGAAUCGGCCUCGGCUGUGGACGUGAGCAGCGGCGGCGAGGACGAGAGCGAUGACGAGGAGUCGGUCACGUUUGUCACCGACUUCCGGACGAUGUACAGCGACCUAAAGAAAAAAGUGAAGAUACUGAUACAGGAGAAUGUUUUCUUUCAGAACAACCUGAGAGCCAACCAGAAGCGGCUGCUGAAGAUUACGCGCGAUCGGUCCUUCCUGCUCGACCGGCUGGCGGAGUACGAACGGGAAGUGCUGUCAUCGUCCGACAGCGACGAAACGGUCGAGUCGGAAGAUUCGGCCCGGGUCGAGGUACAACCCAAGCGGCGCAAGGUCGAACCGUCCACUUCGCAAAGUACGUCCACGCAAAUGAAACCACCGGUCACUACCGCGCGUCGCGGCAAAAAGAUUACCAAAAAGCAACAACAGCAACAGCAACAGCAACAGCAACAGCAACAGCAACAGCAACAGCAACAGCAACAGCAUCAACAACAUCAACAACAGCAGCAAUUACAACAACAGCUGGCACUACAGCAACAGCAGCUACAACAGCAGGAGCAGCAGCAGCAGCUGAUGCAGUUGCCACAUCAGUUGUCCCUUCCGCAACCGCUGCCACAGCAACAGCUGCUUCAGCAAUCACAACAGCUCGCCCAAAGUUCGCAGGAUGUGCUAGACCAACUAACCCCGGAAGACCGGCUGCUGUUGCACAUGCAGCAGGACAAGCUCAUGGAUCUGAUCAAACAGAUACCGCAGUCGCAGCAGCUGCUGCAGGCAGCCCAGCAGCAGCAGCCGUUGCAGCAACCUCAACCGCUAAUGCAGACCCAACGCCAGCAGUUGAUGCAACCGCCGCAACAGCUAUUGCAAACGACACAGCAGCAGCAGGUGCAACAGCAACAAGGACAACAACAACAGCAACAAGGACAACAACAACAGCAACAAGGACAACAACAACAGCAACAAGGACAACAACAACAGCAGCAGCAACAAGGACAACAACAACAACAACAACAGCAGCAGGGGCAGCAACAGCAGCAGGGGCAGCAGCAGUACAAUUACAGCCCGAUCCAACAGUACAUCGACAGCCCACUGGAACAGAUCCGGCAGCAGCAGAUCGACCAGCUCGAGUUGCAGCAACUCUCCCAGCACAUCCUUUUCCAGUCACCCUCGUUCGUGCAGCAGCCGGCAACGAGCAGCGCGUACCAGUUCCCGCUAUCCAUGAUGUCCCAGGUGCCGACCGAACUGUUGGCCACCUCCACCUCCAACUCGGACCUGGACGUGUCGGUUGACGAGGUAGCGAUGGAGAUCACCAAGGAGGAGCUCGAGCGGCAUCUGCAGUCGCGCCAGAUCGUGCCGCAGGUCAUACCGGAGGGUGAGCUGCCGAUCGAAAUGUUCAACAACAACCCCUCCUCCUCGUCAUCGGUCGAAGCAGCUGACCAGCUGAAGGACGCGGCCGGCAAUCUUGUGACCGAUGUAUCGCUGGCCGAUUUGAACUUGAUGAACGUUUAGUCGCGGAAGAUGGCGCAAAGCUGAGUGGUCGAGCGAUUCGGGUGCAUAAGGACCAUAAGCGUAUUAGCGACGCGCGUUUUACGAUACGGUACUCAAAA